GUGUUUGAUUCUGUCAGCGACUACCAUUUGGGGCUUUUGUCUGAGCUUUUAGAAUCAAAAGCGAGAAGAAGGAGAGAAAAAAAGAAAAAGAGAAAGAAAGAAAUCAAUGCAGAGAGAGCGGACGGCCAGUGUUGGGAGCCUCUUUUCCAGUUCAGGUGGCCGUGCAUUAAGGUGUCAAAUGGCCUCCAGGUCCAGGUGAGGUGGGAAUCUUAGGGGAGAGAAGAGCAGAGACUUGGGCAAAGGGAAGAGUUUCACACGGAUCAUGGCAUCAGCCAAAGAGAAUGACGUGCAACAAAGACGAGCACGCGUUAAAGAAGAGGACUGUGAGUGGGGUGCACCAGAGGAGCUGUGUGUGAAGGUGGAGGAUGGCGAGGGAAACACUUCUUCAGGGUGCAAAGAGGAGGCGUGCAAGGGAGAGGCAGUCGAGAUGAAAGUUGAGGAUCUGAAAGACUUCACCGUUUACCUUGAACUGCCAAGGCGUACUAUCAAGCAAGAUGUUUGUGAAGAGUCUCUCUUCAGUUCGCACCCCUGGUUCAUUGAUACGGGACAGCAGCCUACCCAGCGGAAUUCUGUGGGAGUGAAAUGUGAGUUUGAAGAGAAGGUCAAUGAAGGAAACGGGAGAGAGGCAGAAGAGCAGCAGUCGUGUGGGAGUUUUGAAAACGAUUCACAGGGGGAUGGCAGCUUCUCCUCACCUUCACGUCCUCGACCCUCCCUGCACCCCAAACUGAACAAGGAGAUGAAGAAAUCAUCAAGAGGAUCGGAGGAUUUGAGUGCAGCUUCUUUCCAGGACAGUCCUCUUCCUGCUGAAAAACUGACCUCAACGGACUCCGUCAACACUGAUGAACAACAAGCUCAUCAACACGUCGGCAUUCACCCUGAAGAGAAGCGUUAUUGCUGUCCAGAAUGUGGCAAACAAUUUCCCCAUAAAAACAGUCUCCAGAAACACACAAAAAUUCACACUGGUGAAAAACCGCAUUGCUGUCCAGAAUGUGGUAUAGGAUUCUCCUUUCUAAGUAGACUGCACCGGCAUCUAAAAAUUCACAGUGGAGAAAAGCCUUACUUGUGUACUGAAUGUGGCAAACAGUUUUUAGAAGUAAGUCACCUUCAGAGCCACCUCAGAAUACACACCGGAGAGAAACCUCACUUUUGUUCAGAAUGUGGUAAACGAUUCUCACAUAGCAGCAGCCUUUUAAAGCAUACGCGAAUUCACACUGGAGAGAAGCCUCAUUGCUGUUCUGUAUGUGGGAAAAGAUUCUUACAAAUCAGUCACCUUCAGUGUCACAUCAGGAGUCAUACUGGGGAGAAACCCUAUUAUUGUACUAAAUGUGGUAAAUGCUUUGCAAAUAGCAGUGGUCUUUACAGUCAUGAAAGACUCCACACUGGCGAGAAACCUCACAGCUGUUCUGAAUGUGGCAAACGCUUCUCAGAAAGCAGUAGCCUUCACAGCCACAUGAGAAUACACACUGGAGAGAAACCCUAUUGCUGUCUAGAGUGUGGCAAACGCUUCUCACAAAUACGUGGGCUUCACAUUCACACAAGGAACCAUGCUGGUGAAAAACCAUAUGGCUGUCCAGACUGUGACAAACGAUUUUCAGACAGCUGCGGUCUCCAAAGGCACAGACGAAUUCACACUGGGGAAAAACCAUACGGCUGUUCUGAAUGUGGCAAACGAUUCGCUGACAGCAGGACUCUUCAGAGGCACACGCAAGUUCAUAUUGGAGAGAAGCCCUGUAGUAGUCCUGAAUGAGGCAGAUGAGUUCUGAUAAACGUCAUGGCUGUUCUGAAUGUGCAAAUGUUAUUUAAAUAACUAUUAAGCAGUGAGGAGGUCUGGAGUUGAUUCCAGAUAUGGAUUUUUCAUUUGGAAGCUGUCACUGUGAACUCUCAAUAAGAGGGUCAGAGCUGUCAUUGCAAAUAAUAACAGGUCAUCAUUAGGCUCAGACAACAAAACAAACCCUUUAGAGAGACAGUAGAGACACCAGGAGUGGCCAACUCAACCGUUUGGUAGAUUCUUAAAGAGAAGGAGCACACUGGUGACGUGAACAACACCAGAAGGUCUGAAGAACCACAAAAGACAGAAUUAUAUCCUUGGUGAAGAAGACCCACUUCAUGAUAUUAGCCAGACCAAGACCACUCUGCAGUAGGUGGACCUAGUCUAUAAUCAAGACAGGACUUCAUGAAAGUAGAGGCAGAGGGUUCACCACAAGGUGCAAACCACUGGUAAGCCUCAAGCAUAGGACGGACAGAUUAGACUUUAGAACGUGUCUUAAAAGCCUGACCAGCUUUGGACAAAUGAAACUAAGAUGAAGAGAAGAAGCAGCUCAAGAUCUGGUAAGGAGCACAAAGGCAUUGAAGAAUUCACACUGGGGGAAAAAGCCAUAUGGGUGUUCUGAGCGUGGCAAACGUUUUGCUGACAGUAGGACACGCAAGUUCAUAUUGGAAAGAAGCCCUGUAGUAGUCCUGAAUGAGGCAGAUGUGUCCUGAGAAACGUCAUGGCUAUUCUGAAUGUGCAAAUGUUAUUUAGUUAACUAUUAAGCAGUGAGGUGGUCUGGAGUUGAUUCCAGGAAUGGAUUUUUCAUAUGGAAGCUGUCACUCUGAGCUCUCACUGUGAGGUCCAUGCAAAUAACAGACCAUCAUUAGGCUGAGAAAACAAAACAAACCAUUUAGAGAGACAGUAGAGUCACCAGGAGUGGUCAACUCAAGCGUUUGGUAGAUUCUUAAAGAGAAGGAACACACUGGUGAGAUGAACAACACCAGAAGGUCUGAAGAACCGCUGGGAAGCCUCAAGCAUAGGAUGGACAGAUUAAACUUUGACAGAGAACAUGUCUUAAAAGCCUGUCCAGCUUUGGACAAAUGAAACAAAGAUCAAGAGAAGAAGCAGCUCAAGAUCUGGUGAAGAUCACAAAGGCAUUGAAGAAUUCGCACUAGGGGGAAAGCCAUACGGGCGUUCUGAACGUGACAAACGUUUCGCUGACGGUAGGACUCUUCAAAAGUGCACACAAGUUCAUAUUGGAGAAAAGCUCCAUAGUAGUUCUGAACGAGGCAGACGACUUCCGAGAAACUUCACGGCAGUUCGGAAAGUUCAAGCGCUCCUCGGAUAGCAGCACUGUUAAUAAUGCCAGGAGGAUGGACUCUGCUGGGAACAAUGGGGCAAAUGAAGAGAAACUUUCAGGCCCACCUUUCCAUCCACCCAUUUUCCAACCCGCUAUAUCCUAACUACAGGGUCACGGGGGUCUGUUGGUGCCAAUCCUAGCCA